GAGAUUUUCUGCUGGAUUUGAGGGCUUCACCACCUCACAAACUCCUUCAGUCGGCCGAGCCGUCAGUCAAUUUGGAGGUAACUACUAAAGCGAUCCGUCUCCGAGAACCGAACUUGUUGAUUUUCCUGCAGCACACAAACCCCGAGCGCUUAUCUGAGUCUGACACAUGAGCAAUAAAAGCGCACAUCUGCUGCAGCCUUCAUCUGUGAGAGGAGCGCGCAACACAACAACUCCUGAGAGGAGGCGCACAGUCUGUCGAAGUACUACCCUGCCACUAAAAUCUGGGAAAUUGAGCAUAAGGUCCACACCGUCCUCUCUGGAUGGAGGGCACAGGCAACAGCUGGACAGCCGAGCACAGCGCCACAUACAUGGAGCGCGGCGACGGCGGGAACGACACGGCUCCGGUGUUUGAGGUGGUGCUGCAGAACAGCUCCUCCACGCGCAUCCCUCAGUUUGCUGGUGUGGAGCUACUUCAGUCAUUCAAGCUGCUUAUAAUACCCUGCUACACCCUUGUGGCCAUCGUAGGCAUCUUUGGCAAUUACCUCCUCCUCUAUGUGAUAUGCCGCACGCGCAAGAUGCACAACGUCAUCAACUUCUUCAUUGGAAAUCUGGCUUUCUCUGACAUGCUGAUGUGCGCCACGUGCGUCCCCUUCACUCUGGCCUACGCUUUCAACCCUCAUGGCUGGGUGUUCGGCCGGUUCAUGUGCUACCUGGUGUACCUCAUCCAGCCGGUGACGGUUUACGUGUCGGUGUUCACGCUUACUGCCAUCGGCGUGGACAGAUAUUAUGCCACCGUUCACCCGCUGAAGAAGCGAAUCUCAGUGUUGGCGUGCACCUACCUUCUGUCUGGGAUCUGGCUGCUGUCCUGUGGCCUCGUGGCUCCUGCUGUGGCUCACACCUACCACGUGGAGUUCAAGAACGAGGGCUUCACCAUCUGCGAGGAAUUCUGGAUGGGUCAGGAGAGAGAGCGGCUGGCUUACGCCUACAGCACUCUCCUCAUCACUUACGUCCUGCCUCUGUCGGCGCUCUGCAUCUCCUACCUGUGCAUCUCGGUCAAGCUGAGGAACUGCGUCGUACCGGGCCACCACACCCAGAGCCAGGCGGAGGCUCAGCGCCUGCGCAAGCGCAAGACAUUUCGCCUUGUGAGUCUCGUGGUUGCAGCUUUUGGCAUCUGCUGGAUGCCCAUUAGCGUGUUCAACGUCCUGCGUGACAUUGACAUUGAUCUUAUUGAUAAGCACUACUUUCUGCUCAUUCAGCUGCUCUGCCAUCUGUGCGCAAUGAGCUCGUCUUGUUGUAACCCUUUCCUCUACGCAUGGCUGCACGACCGCUUUCGCGCCGAGCUUCGCAAAAUGUUCACAUGCCGCCGGCGGAUUGGCAUCUCUGCCAACAACUGCGCCACAGCCAGCGUGGUUUUGUGAAGUUCUUCUGCUUUGUGCCACAGUCAAGUAGAGUCAUCUCAUUCUGAUAACUGUCUAAGGUAGAUCUGUUCAAGUGCAGAGGAGAUCUUGCACUUGAACAGAUCUCACUUUGCCUUUUAAAAAAAAACAGACCCUUGUUCUACACUUUGCUUUGCACAACUAGGCAAUUUUUGUACUACGGAGAAACAAAUGAUUGCUUCCUGUAGGCGUGGAUUGUUUGAGGUUUUAAAUUUCAUCCAGUCGCUAACAUUUGGCCAUGACGUAUCUAUGAAGCUUAUUGGAAAUUGCCUGCACUGUGAACAACUAUCCUCCACUGUGAACAGAGAAGUGCCGAGCAGAACGAGGCUGCUGUUGAUGUUAAUUCAAUAUUUGAAAACGUGACCAACAUAGACUGAACGGCUGCGUUCAUGUCCUGCGCUGAAGUUACUAAAACUACUGGCAGUCUACGAUUCUAAAACAGUGCAGAAAAUCUACAUUAUCAUUCACAACUUCUCCUUCUGUUCGCUGAUUGGCCAGGAUGAAUUUCAACCAGAGAAAUUGAGAUCAAUGGAAGAAAGCCCAGACAGAGCACAAAAUGGAGAUUAGAAACUAUCGCAUUUGCGUAGAAAGACAAUAGCCAGGCUAGCUCCAAACUCAGUGUAGCCAUAUAAUAUAAAAAUGUAAAGUGUCCCAUUUUGUCAAGUGUUUUUUUACUUACAAGCUGAACUGAAAAUAAAAUCUAUUAAAUGUAUAUUGCUGGGAUGUCAAAUUUGAUUGCUUUCUUUUUUAUUUAUUUAUGUUAAUAUGUUAAACAAAUAGUUAUGUAUAGUUUAAGCCUAGGUUUCUGUUAACUUUCAUAAUUAUGGCUCACAGCUUUAAUCCAAACCUGAAAUUCAGUUUCCCCAGACAAUUCUUACUGUUAUGCUUUGUCCUACAUGAUUAUGGAGGGAGAUUAAUGACUUACAGAUUAUCUGGAAGACAGUCUCCACAUGUAGCGUAAGCCACAAAAGGUCAUUUCUAAACAAGCUGGCUGUUCAGCGAAAGCUUAAUCAAGCAAACUAUUGGGAAGUUGAUUGGAAGGCAAAGGUACAGUAAAAAACAAUGCUUGAGCAAUGUUUUUCAAAUCAACAAUCCUUUCAAGAUUGUUGUAAAAUCAACAAUCUUGAAAGGAUUGCAAAGCAAAGUCCAUUCAAGAGUUUGGUGGAAAUUCACAAGACAUGGAAUGUGGGUGGAAUCAGUGCUUCAAGAGCCACCACACACAGGCGUAUCCAUCUGUCACAUUCCUUGUGUUAGUCCACCUGUAAAACCAGACACAAUGUCAGAAGAGCCUCACCCGGGCAAAAAGUUUUUCUACAUGGUUUAACUGAUGUAGAUAUGUUUUUUUCUAAACAUAUUACUGGCCAUUUAAAGAUUUGCCUUCUCUUUUCACACUAUAACAAUUACAAUGUUGCUUUGUGAUACUGUAUGAGUGUUGCUAAUUGGUUGAAGAAGCAGCUUGAUAUUUCAUCAGGGGCGUUCAUAACAGAGACAUCCUAUGGUUGAUCACAUGCAGCAGCCACUUACUGGCAAUAAAAGACAGAAAGAUUAAAUGUGAGCGCGCUGUGGUGUGAUGGUGCAGCGCCGCAUCACACCAUCACUUGUGGGUCUAAAAGCAUGAAUGCUGGGUUAAUUUUAGACCUGUAAUUGUAGGCCUGAGUGUGUUUGUAUAUGGUUGUUUUCUGAUGGAUGAGCAAUGUGUUCAGAGUUCGUCCCACCGUAAACACAACUAUGAGCAAAGUGAGUACAGAAAAUGAUUGAGUUAAGAAUUGUUGGUGCCAAAAAACUUGCAUUGAUUAUUACAGGUGAUCGUGAGUGUUAUUUAAAGUUAUCCUCCAGUAGUGUGUUUUAUUUCCACUAAAUGUAUUCUGACUUUAAAAAAAAGUAUAGAUUCCACACCCCAAAACACCCUAAAUAAAUAAAUGCCAAUUC